AUGUCUAUAGAUUUGACAAAGCCUUUCUUUUAUGGAGAUGAAAAGGAUGACAUCGAUGGAUUUCUUUUCGAUUAUGGAAGAUAUGCUAAGUCAAAAGAUUGGGACGAAGAAACAAAAUGUGAGAUGGAUACGUUAAAAGAUGGAAUAGUGAAAGUAAUCAAUGCGAGAAGUGAUGAAAAGUUAAAAAUAAAUCAUCUUAGAAAUAUUAAACAAGGUGAAAAAGAGAUAUUACGGG